CACUGCGGCUCCGCGCGCGGGAAGGGAAGAUGGCGGCGGCUGUUGGGCUCCCGGAGCGGGGAUAUUUGGAGCUGGUGGGCGCUGAGCGGGGAGCGCGGCGCCGGGUUCGCGAGCUCGUGUUCAGCCUCCCAGGCGGCGGCUCGUCCCUCACGCCCGUUCGCUACGCCGACAGCGCCGGAGGAUUCUGGUACCAAGAAAACGCGCAGCUGGGGUCUGUGACCAGGAACCGCUUCAUCCACUGGGCUACGUCAGGUGCAACCUUGGAACUGGUAGAAGAAUCCCUUGAUAUAAACCUUUUGAACAAUGCUGUUCAGCUCAAAUUUCAGAAUUGUAGCCUCUUACCUGGAGGAGUACAUAUAUUUGAGACCCAGAAUAAUGUUGUUAUCUUGAUUUCAACCAAUCAGACAGUACAUAGGUUGAUUUUACCACACCCCACUCGGAUGUAUAGGAGUGAGCUGAUCACAGAAAGUCAUGUACAGUCAGUUUUCACAGAUGUUGGAAAAGUUCAUUUAAGAGAUCCUUUUAACUAUUGCGUGAUUCCUGCAAUCCCUGGUCUGUCAACUCAUUCCACUGCUUCAGCAGCUUGGCUUACCAGUGAUGGAGGAGCACUUUUUGCUUUGCCAUCUGCAUCUGGUGGGAUUUUUGUCCUUAAUCUGCCACCUCACAAUACUCAUGGAAUGGUUUCAACUCUAGUCGUGGAGUUGAAACAGAGUUCAGUCAUGCAGCGCUUGCUUACAGGUUGGAUGCCAACAGCUAUCAGAGGAGACCAAGGUCCUUCAGAGCUUCCUGUUAGCUUGUCUGUCCACUGUCGUGAGCAUGAUGCCCUCCUCUUUGCACUCUACCAGGAUCAUAAACUUCGAAUGUGGUCUUACAAAGAUCAAAUGUGCCUGAUGGUGGCUGAUAUGUUGGAAUUUGUGCCUGUAAGUAAGGACCUAAGACUUGCUGCUGGGACUGGACACAGAUUACAGCUGUCUUAUUCUGAGACCCUGGGGCUUUACAUUGGUGUAUACUUGCAUGCACCCAGACAAGGACAGUUCUGUGUCUUCCAGUUGGUCAGCACAGAGAGUCAACGCUAUAGUCUUGAUCACAUAUCAUCACUGUUCACUUCUCAGGAGACCCUUGUUGACUUUUCCUUAACUACUGCUGAGAUCUGGGCACUCUGGCAUGAUGAUGAAAAUAGAACAACUGUGAAAUACAUCAAUUUUGAGCACAAUGUUGCAGGUCAGUGGAACCAAGUCUCUGUGCAGCCCCUGCCACCUGAAGAAGUGGAUAUUAGAGAUGACCAGGACCCAAGGGAAACAUUUACAGAGGCCAUCUUCAUGCCUGGACAGUUCACAAAUGCGGCUUUGCUUAAAGCUUUACAGAUAUUUUCUCAAAGAGCUGAGCACCUCACAGACCUGUCCUGGGAUGAGCUGAAAAAAGAAAUUACUAUAGCUCUGGAAAAUGAGUUCCAAGGAAAUGUGACUGAGUAUGAAUUCUCACAAGAAGUAUUUAGACAGCUGCAAAUAGAAUUUUGGUCAAAAUUCUAUGCUUACUGUGUUCAGUACCAAGAAGAACUCUCACGCCCACUUGCACUUCUCUUGAAUCAAUGCACUAGCAUGGUGUGCCUGCUUAAAAAGGGAUACCUGUCUUUUCUUGUGCCCUGCUCCCUAAUGGAUCACCUUUACCUUUCGCUUGAUGAACAACUGGUGAAUGAAGUUGAGAGCACUGGCUUAGAUGAAUCUGAAUUUUCUCAUGAUCUUGUGAGUCUUGUUCAGUGCCUUCGGUUAAUUGGUGAAUCAAUUUCUGUGGAGAUGGCACUAACAAUGGAAAUGGCUUGCUGCCGUUCCCAGCCGCCAGAGAGAGCUGCAGGACAGAUCCUUCAUGACUUGAUUGCUAAUGACACAGAGAAUCUAAUAGAGGAUAUUCACAGUAAAUUGCAAGAGAUCAAAAACCCAAUUGAUGCCAUUGGGGUGCUUAUCCGGGAAAUGGACUAUGAGACAGAUGCGGAAAUGGAAAGAGGACUCAAUAUUGUUCAACCCUUAAAUGUGCGCAUGCAUCUCUCUCAGCUCUAUGGUAGUAGCACAACAGUAAACAUGGUGUGUCGGUGUGUGUACAAGAUGUCCAUGACUCGCUUUUUGCUUUGUCGGGACUUGUUGAUUUUACAGCAGCUCUUGCUACGGCUUGGAGAUACUGUAUUGGGCGGAGGCCAGCUAUACCACAUUCAACAGAACUUGCUGCAUCGCACAUCUCAUUUGAUAUUAUCAUAUUACCUGAUCAGGUGGGCAAGUCAACGCUUGGCAUCAGAUGUUCCAGUUGAUGAACUGGAAUGUAACCUACAGCAUCUUUCUGUAUUAAAACUGACAGAUUCUACAGCUAUAACACCACUCAAGCUAGUGUCCAGCCCUCAAACUAUCGUGGAGCUGUUCUUUCAGGAGGUAGCCCGAAAACACAUAAUAUCUCAACUGUUCCCACCUAACGCAGCCUUGGAUGAAUCAAGUUUGAGUUGGCCUCAAAUGUUUUCUGCAAUUUUGAGUUAUCUCCUGCAGUUCUUGUGGCCAAGCAAUCCUAACUUCCUCUUUCCAGAAUGUUUGAUGGGGGCUUGUCAGUAUGCUCAACUGCAGGAAUAUAUUCGUUUUCUGGGACCUUGGUGCCAUGUGAAUAUGGGGUCAUGCUGUUUUAUGAUGGGACGUUGCUACCUUGUUAUGGGAGAAGGGCACAAGGCUCUGGACUGUUUCUGUGAAGCAGCCUCAGAAGUUGGAAAAGAGGAGUUUUUGGAUAGACUAAUUAGAUCAGAGGAUGUUGAAAUGGCUUCAACCCCACGGCUACAGUACUAUGACAAGGUUCUGCGUCUUCUGGAUACCAUGGGUCUACCUGAACUGAUCAUUCAGUUGGCUACCUUAGCAAUCACAGAAGCAGCUGAUGAUUGGAGAAGCCAAGCUACCCUGAGGACAUGCAUUUUCAAACACCAUUUGGAUUUAGGACAUAACAGUCAAGCAUAUGAAGCCAUGACCCAUAACCCAGAUUCUAGCAGGCAGCUGGAUUGUUUACGGCAGUUGGUGGUAGUUCUCUGUGAACGCUCCCAGCUCCAGGAUCUUGUGGAGUUCCCCUAUGUGAAUCUCCACAAUGAGGUUGUGGGAAUAAUUGAAUAUCGUGCUCGGGCAGUAGAUCUGAUGACACAUAAUUACUAUGAGCUGCUAUAUGCUUUCCACGUUUAUCGCCAUAAUUACCGGAAAGCUGGAACAGUGAUGUUUGAAUAUGGAAUGCGCCUUGGCAGAGAAGUCCGUACCCGCUCUGGACUGCAGAAGCAAGCAAACUGUUACCUUGCAGCUCUUAAUUGUUUGCGGCUCAUUCGCCCUGAAUAUGCAUGGAUAGUUCAGCCAGCUUCUGGUGCAGUGUAUGAACGUCCAGGAGCAUCCCCCAAGAGAAGUCAUGAUGGAGAGUGUGCUGCUGCCCCAACGGGAAGUCGGAUUGAAAUCUUGGAGCUGCAGGAUUUGGAAAAAGAAUGUGUGCUGGCUCGCAUACGGCUAACUUUAGCACAACAUGAUUCAACAACAACUGCUAUUACAGGAAACUCAUCUCCCAAGGAGCUGGUAACCCUGUUGGUGCAGGCUGGUCGUUUUGACACUGCCAUUUCUCUCUGCCAGACCUACAACUUUCCCUUAACACCUGUGUUUGAGGGACUUACUUUCAAAUGUAUUAAACUCCAGUUUGGAGGGGAAGCAGCAUUAACAGAAGCAUGGGAUUGGCUAGCUGCAAAUCAGUUGUCAUCAGUCAUCACAACCAAGGAGACCAGUGCAACAGAUGAAGCAUGGCGUCUUUUGUCCUCCUACCUGGACAGAUAUAAGUCUCAGAACUGUUCAUACCAUCGCUGUGUAAUCAACAAGUUGCUGUCUCAUGGAGUGCCCUUGCCUAACUGGCUUAUCAACAGUUACAAAAUGGUAGAUGCUGCUGAACUUCUCCGCCUCUAUUUGAACUAUGACCUCUUGGAAGAAGCUGUGGAUUUGGUGCUGGAAUAUGUGGAUGCCUUACUUGGGAAAGGACCUCAUUACUUUGGCAUUGAGUUCCCAUUAUCAGCUACAACUCCAAUGGUUUGGCUUCCAUAUUCUGCAAUUGACCAGCUUCUUCAAGUGCUAGGAGAAAAUGCAACCAAUCACCAUAACACAGUGCUAUAUCAGAAGGUGCAUGACAAAUUAGAGGCCUACCAAAACCAGGUUGAUAAGGCAACUCGGGAUCUUCUGUAUCGUCGGAACUAGCAGAAGGACCUGGAUUGUGUGACUUUACUUAAUCACCUUGUGCCUGGUGGCCCUUCAGACAAAGCUACAAAGAAAGACUGUGCUAAUGUGCAUAAAUGGCAUGAAGUAUGUGUGAAGCAUUUGCUUUGCAUGGAUUGGCUGGAGUCAUAGGGAACCCUGUGCGCUGCUGGUGGUGCUAUUAUUACAAAUUCUAUUUUUUCACAAUGAACCAAACAUUCCCUACCAGGGAAUGAUAGACUUUUUAAAAUAAGUAUGUUGGGGACGCUAAAUUAAAUUUAAGCUUUUAAGCCUGUGCCGAACUGGGUGCUAAAUCAUUUCCAGCAAUGAAACCCUGGUUGUACAUUGCAUGUUCCUACCAUCUUUCUACUGAAUUAUUCCUUAUACUGUACUAUAUAUGGGAGCUAAUGUUGGUCUUAUUUAUUGUGACAGUUUUUGAAUUAUCUUUAAUAAAAUGAAAACUUUGUUUAAAAAUC